GCAUCCCACGGGACCACUGAGGAACCUGGGAGUGAAGUAGUCAUGACGACCGCGGCGGGAGCCGGUCGGGACAGCGGUGGUGGCGGAGAAGGUACUGUGCCACGCUCCAUCUCCCUUCUUUGUCCAGGGCUCCGCGAAUACCUGCAAAUACUCUCUUUACCUCUUCGCCUCAAAGUCCCUCUUUUGCUUUAAGAUGCAACUCAGGUGAACUUGUGAAACCUUUUACUCCAGAGAAAGCAAAAGAAAUUAUAAUGUCUUUGCAACAACCGGCAGUCUUCUGCAACAUGGUUUUUGAUUGGCCAGCCCAACACUGGAAUGCCAAAUGUCUUUCCAAGCUCUUGUGUGGAAAACAGAUACGAUUUAGAAUGGGAAUGAAAAAAACGGAUACAGUUCCUCAGUUUGAAACGAUGUGCAGUUAUGUAGAUGCCACACUUGAGGAAUUUCUGGUCUGGAGCUGUGGCCAAAGUGUUAGUGUUGCUGGGCCGUUUAGCCAUUAUGAUAAUUCCAAGUUCUGGGCUUAUGCUGACUACAAAUAUCUCGCCAGUGUAUUUGAAGAUAAUACAGAUGUUUUGCAGAAUGUGGUAUGGUCUGACUUUGGUUUUCCUGGAAGAAAUGGAAGAGAAAGCACAUUGUGGAUCGGCUCACUGGGAGCCAACACACCCUGCCAUUUGGAUUCUUAUGGUUGUAACUUAGUACUCCAGGUACAAGGAAGGAAAAGAUGGCAUCUCUUCCCUCCUGAAGAUACUGCUUUUCUUUAUCCAACCAGAAUCCCCUAUGAAGAAUCCAGUGUUUUCAGCAAAGUCAAUGUUGUCAAUCCUGAUUUAAAACACUUUCCUCAGUUUCUGAAAGCUCAAAGGCAUAUGGUUACACUGUACCCAGGACAGGUCUUGUUUGUUCCCAGACACUGGUGGCAUUAUGUAGAAUCCAUCGACCCCAUCACUGUCAGUAUAAACUCAUGGAUUGAACUGGAGGAGGACCAUCAGGCUCGGGUAGAAGAGGCCAUCACCCGAAUGCUAGUGUGUGCCUUGAAAGCUGCAGAAGAUCCCACUAAUACCAAAGCCUGGCUAAACCCUACAGAGGUGGAGGGAACAUCUCAUGAAAUCAAUAGUCAGUACUUAAAUGGAGCCAUUUCUGCCUAUUUGGAACACAAUAAAGUAGCAGAAGCAUUAACAUCCACAGAGUUUAAAAUAAAUGGUGAGCACAGAGUGGAGGCACCCUUGAAAAAGAGAAAGUUGGAUGUACACACCAGAACAAAGGAGAAAAAAUCACCUUGUCAUAAAUUAGCUACCGAUACAGCAAAGCUUGAGGAGAACAUUCCCUUUGGCCUGGAUCUGAUUCCAGUAUUACCCAGUCUUCAGAAUGAAUCGUCAGAAAAAGGAACAGCUGAGAGCGAUGUUAAAGGCCUUGUCAGUGAGAGUGGGGGACAUGUGGAGAAAUUAAAUUGUGCACAAGAGCAACCAGUGAUGAAUAAAGCUGAGAUACCACUUGCAGGUAACAUUGUUUCUGACAGCACCACAUGCCAUUCUCAACCAUUCAUCUCUACGGAUGACUUGCUAGAUUGUUUGGUAGAUCCAAAAGUAAUCAGCCUAGUAGCACAACUUUUGUUACAGAAAAGAACUUGUAACUUGUAAGUAUAAUUUAUUUAAAAAUUAAAUGAUGCUACAUUAAAAGGUACUUUUUCUUUCUUAAAAUAUAUUUUUUAAAUAACUUACCAUUUGCUUUUGCCUUAUCUUGUCGUUUCAGACUAUUUCAGUGUUUGGAAGGGUUAAUUAAGUGGGUGUGAGAAUUAGCAAAUGCAACAUACUACAGUAUUUCCAAAGAGAUAACUAAUGCUCCAGAAUUAGUAGUGAGACUGGCAUUUUUCUCUAUGUCAAUUGCUGUUUCCUCCCAUUGCAUUCAGGGUGCUGUGCUAAGAUAAUUUUUUCUGUGCCUCUUCUUAUUGAAGUAUGUAGUAUAAAAUUGGUAAGAUGGAAAAACUGAGGCAAAGACAAUGAUAGUCACAGAACAAAUGCACUUUAGAGCUUGAUCCCAGAGAACCAUAGAAUUUUAGAUCUGGAAGCAGCCAUACAGAUUUUCCUGUUCUCACCACAUGUAGUUUAAAGAACCUGACACCUUAAGAAGUUAAGUAAUUUGCUGAAGUGCACGUGGCUGAUAAAUGAUUGAAUUUGUGGCAGGAUUUGAGCUCCUGCCUCCUCAUCCAUUGCUCCAUGCAGUCUGCUUAGGAUUGACUUGGCAUCUCAGCCACAUUAUCCCUGAUAUUAAAAGAGAAAAGAGCUUCACCUUAUACCCAAGCUUGCACUGUUUCUGUACCAGUGACUCACACCCAGAAAGCAAACACACCUAGAGUAGCUUUCAUGCCGUUCUCAGCCCAAGUACUUGAAACAACCAUGGCAGUGUGAUCAGAAAUUCAGCACCACUAGGGAGUGGUCCUUCAUCUCUACCUCAUAAAAAUGUAAAGAAACCACCGUUUGCUCAAGAGCCCUUUCAAGAGCUGUUUGAUCUCAAAAGCUAGUCCUUCACUAAUCCCAAUCUCUGUUGCCUUUGGGUGAGGACCUGUAAUCCUUUUGCCCCUCCCCACUUCACUCAGACCUGUUCCUGGCUGCCAUGACCCAGCAGUAACAGAAGUUAGGAAAAGCAGCUUCCUAAUAAUUGGAGCAGCUCAGUAGAAUGGAGCAUGAUGGAUGGAUGGCCUCAUGAGAGCAUCAGGUUCACCCCACUGGUUAACACAUACCAAAAAAAAGAAUGUCAGGAAACUUUAGAGGGACCUUCUUUGCACGUAGGUGCAAGAUUGGACUAGAUAUCUAAAUAUGGUGGCUUUAUGUCUGUUAACAUUUCUCACCACAUGCAGGUUAAAAAUACAUAUAUGGAAUGAGAAAAUAAUCAUGUCGUGUCAUCCAUGUAUCAUAAUUUGAUGCUAGGCUCUUAAACAAUUGUGCCCAACUUUGAUUUAGGAACACCUCCAGAUACUUCUAAUUAUCCAAGGGCUGUCAUAUUGUAAAAUGAAAAUGAGUUUUGGGGAAAAUAAAAUCUUAAAUAAAAGAAAAUGUGUAGUAAAUAGGGAAAAGCACUGGACUGGGAGUUGGAAGGGCAUGGCUUUGGAUCCCAGUUCAGCUGCUCACUCUCUGGGAAACCGAGGCAAGCCACUCUCUGGGCCUCAGCCUCUUCAAAUGUAAAAUGAUAAAGUUGAAAAAAUACCCGUUAAAAUAUCUCACUUAUUUAGGUAAAAAAAAAACCCUAAAAAACAUGGCAUAAAAAGUUCCUUCAAUAUGAUGGAAAAUAUUUAUCUCAAUCGAAGAGCUAAAUGGAGAAACACUGGAUGCUUAUCGUUUUUUGUUGUUGUUCUUCUGUGUGAAUCUACAAAUCUCUAUUUUGUAGCACUUCACUUUUUUUAAAAAGUGUAUAAUAAAUCCCAAACAUUACUUUCAAAAUGGCCCUUGCCUGUGCUUCCUUCUAACCACAGUAUUUUCAAACGUGUUACAGUGGUCACCUUUUCUGACACUGCUAGCUCCCCAUCCCCAACACAAGACCUCCUCCCAAGUUUAAAACCAAGAGAAAGAAAAAAAGAAACCCUUACAAUAAAUAAGCGUAGUCAAGCAAAACAUUCACACAGUGACCAUAUCCAAAAGUGUGUAGUCUCCAACGUACUUCAUCAUAGAUGUUUUGGAGAUAUGAUUGUCAUUGCAUUGAUUAGUCUUUUCGGAGUGGUUUUUCUUUACAAUGUUGUUGGCCUUGUGCAAAUUGUUCUAGUUUUGGUCACAGCAGUUCUAACUAUGCAGCAAUCUCUGAAAUAGUCUCUUUUUUGUUAGUUCCUGUGAUAUAAUCAUAUUCCAUUCCAUUAUACUUUUAUGUAUCUUUGUAAUGUACAUUACAUUAAUAAACCAGAGUUUGUUCAGUUA